AUAUAACGGCAGUCGCCUUUUGGAUACGGUCGAAUUCUAUGAUCCAAUUGACAACAGCUGGACUAUGUACGAAGAUAGCCGAAUGCAUCAUGAACGAUGCGACACCGGAAUGUGUGUUGUCCGCUUUCUUGCCUGUACCGAACCCACUUCUUGUUCCUCGAAUGCACACCUUAGCACUGGUUCUGGCUUGUUUCGUCGCCCAAUACCGGUACUUGGUGACUCAAACCGAGACUUUAAUACGUUUGGCAGCCUUGCCCCAGCAUCACAUGGCAAGGUUGCUCUUUCCACUACUGUAGCAUCAGCUUUGAAUGCGGUUUCACCUUCAUUUCUCCUCCAUCAGAAUGCGUGUGAUGCCGUUGUAACCUCGACCGCACCCCCAGCCAGCGUUACCACUUGUGUUCCAGUUUCAGCCAGCAUCAUCACUAGCGCGGGUAAUAGUGUGACAAGUCAUCGGGUCGCCCUUCACUUGGGCUCCACUGCUUGGAAUUCCGAUUUUGUGCAAGAUUCUUCUGGACCAAGUAUACCCGCAACGACUUUGGCCUACGAAUCGACUGCUAGCACUGGUAUUGGGGGCAUUGAAUGUGGCAUCUCGCCAGAUUCUAGCAGUACAUUCUGUCUCCCGAUUCGCCCGCUACGCGAUCUUGACGCCACUUCUAUUACUCUGGUAGAACGAGCACUUACUUCUCAUUCAUCCGCUUCCCCUUAUACACUUCGGCCCUCCGAUAUUUUCCAUAUUGGUCUCUCCACAGCCAUUAGCUCUAGCCCUCUAGUUGGUUCCAGCUCGGUUCGACCAGCCAUAUCUACGUGUGGUGCUUACUAUGGUCCAGUGGCCCCGCCCUGUUCAACUGGAUCUGCAGUGGAACCCAAUGGUUGCCAAGACUCUUCCUUUGAUCAAACUACGAAUGAAGCCGUUGGUCGUUCUACGCGAGCUUCAAGUGGUUUAUUAGACACCACAUAUGCCACUGACAGGAUUUUUUCUCUCGGGUAUGGCCUUAAAGAGGAACAGUUUAAUGAUCGAGGAGUGGGGCAGGUAGCGCUGUUAGAGGUUCAGCAGCAUUCA